UUCUCCUCCCAACGGAACGCUGCGCGUAAAACUCGAAGCUAAUUCCUUUACUCGGCUUCGCCCCGAGUGGCGAGUCGAGAGAUGGAAGAGACGAGAGAAAUCCUAAGCCGCACCGCUCUCUCCCUCCCUUCUCCCCACGUUGUCCUUGACCUUCUCUCCGUAGGGGUAUGUCCGCGUUGCAUCUUUCGGUUGUUUGGGGUUCAUGGGCAAGCUUAUUGUUGUUCAGCAAUUACAGCUUCAGUGCUGCAAUCUUUUCUUGAAGAGCAGAAGAGUUGUGAUAAUGGUACUGUAGAAAAUAGGCUUGUUUCAGAUGGACUUGUCCGAUGUUCGUAUACUUCACAAGAGUCAGAAGACGACCAUGCAUACUGUUGUAUCUGUUUAGGUGUAUUACAACUUGCCUGUCAGCAAGAUCGGAAAAUGUUGACAACUAGUAAGGAGGGUUCCAUCGAUGACUUCACGGCAACUAUUGCUGAAUUAGUGAAGAGAGAGAAUCAUCACAUAGAUGGUUUUUCUAUUGAAGUCUCGAUACCACCUGUUAUAGUGGCUAACGAACGUGCUGUCUGGAUGUACAUGAAAAAGAAAUAUAACUGUGAAGAUUGGUUCAAGGAUAAGAUUCCUUCUCAGCACAUCUCUGUGAAGGAUGCCUUGAGAUUAUCAAUAAACACAUCCCUUGAAAACCACUUGGGUGUCAAAUCUGGUGUUGAUUUAUUUCGUAUUCGGUUGAAUUAUUCUCAUCUGGAUGCUUCAAGAAUGCUUCAAAGCUCUUUAGCAAAUAAUCAUACUUGCAAGAGACAAAAAACAGAUAAAAAGGACAACAGGGAUAGUCUUGAUGACUCGCACAAAAGUAAUUUAAAAAAUUCUAAUGAGCACCUUUGCAGUGAAUCUGAUUCGGUCAUUCUUAGAACUCUUGAAAGCAUGCUGGACCAUGCCUUCUGCGAACAUUUUGUAAUACCACCAGAGAAGGCCUUAAAACCAUGCCUGCUGACGACUACUUGCUAUAGAAUGCCUAUAUAUAUUGGUGGUAGAUACUUGAAGUUCUCACGAAGGGUGAGCCAGUCGUGCUGGAUAAUUGAUGAUGAGAGAAUGGGUGAAGCAUCCGUUGAGGAGAUAGUUGGGAGCAAUGCUCUUCUUGUCUGUAAAGGUGACAACUACAAAUUUCAUGCUGCUGGCCGAGAAGAUAUUGAUGUAAGGAUGCUAGGAUCUGGUCGCCCUUUCCUAGUUGAAGUUUCAAAUGCACACUGCAUGCCUUCUAUGAUUGAUGUUCAACUAAUUGCGGAAAAGAUAAACAACUCAGACAAAAAAUACGUCAGAGUGCGAAACCUUAAGCUGGUCAAUAACCAAGCAUGGACUCUAAUGCGUGAAGGCGAGGCAGAAAAACAGAAGCAAUAUGCUGCUCUUGUAUGGACUUCUCGUGCACUGACUGAGGAGGACUUGCAUAGCAUAUCAUCUAGAAAGGACUUGGAUAUUAUACAAAGAACCCCGAUAAGGGUGCUUCACCGCCGAAGCCCAUUGGAGAGGAAGAAAAUCAUACAUUGGAUGAACAUUGAGAGAAUUGCUGGUAGCUGCCAAUAUUUUCUAUUGCAUCUUUGUACCCAGGCUGGAACAUAUAUAAAAGAAUUUGUGCAUGGAGAUCUUGGACGCACUCAUCCUAGUAUAUGGAGGUUCUACAGAUAUCUCAAGCUGACCCAAACCCCCAAACCCUCUGUGAAACAAGAAAGGGGUCUGCUGUGAAACAUUAAAGAAUUCUGAGACAAGGUACUUGUUAGAUCGAAUAGAAUGAUUCUGCGUAUCCAGAAUAAUACAAACCCAACCCAUUUCAUGAAGAAAAUGCGACCAAUUAACCAACCAAGAAAAAUAAUGGUUACAAAUAACACCCUGUUGUUGCCUCUGUUACCAGGUAGAAAGAUCUGCAUUUUUGGUCAGACAGUCUAAUUCCAUGCAACUAGAAUGCAACUCUUUGAGAUCCCAUUAGUAUUGGAAUUUGGAAAGAAUCCUGAGAGACGAAAAAAGGUAAAUGUUUUCUGUAGGAAGCUGCAUUAUUGAAGAGCCAAAUUGGAACAGUCUCCAUCAUGCCAAUGUUUAUUUAGAAUUUUUAUAUGUGGGCUUUACUAUAUUUAGUGACUAGACUAUGAAGAUAUGAAACUUAAAGAAGCAAAGGAAGGGAAAAGCAACAGAUGGAUGAGAACUUUCGGAUCUAGUCGCGAUUGGGUAACUGAGUCUGCAUAUAAAGAGCACUAAACUACAUACUACUGCUACUAAUUGUGACAAUUCGAAGGAUGCUGCUUGUGAAACCUUGUGAUUGUGGAAACAGAGUGGCAUUUGCUUGAUUCUGUAGAUUUCCAGUGAGUCUGAGCAUGCAUAGAUCUGCAAAAAUUGCAGAUUUACAUGCAUUUAUUUAGUGUAGAGAUAGGUAAAUGUUUCGAGGUGCCCGUUAUGCGCACAUGAAAAGGUCACUUGACCCGCAAAUGCUGAUUUGGCUAAUUCCAUAAAUUGCACCAAUCAUGUUAUGCCAUACGUUAUUGAAACCCUGUAGCAUUCCUUGUAGAAAUAUAUUCUUUUUUUCAUGUG